AAUCCGAAUGAUUCGGACAGCCAGUUUGGAACAGUGAGACGGUCACGAAAACGCGUCAAUAGAGCCAAACAAGUAAUUGGACGCGACAAGACACGGUGGACAAACAGGUGCAAACAGGCCCCGUAUACGGCCACUGGCAGCGCUCACCCGGUCAUUAACUUGUCCACUUGUCUUCAUCUCUUACUCCGCCUCUCUUUCUACCAUGUUUCUCUCAUCUGGAGGAAGCUUACCUACCCCACCGGGAACAUCUCAUAGGAGGGAGAAAGAGAAUCGACUGCCUGAAUUCAGCACUCCGUCAGGCUCUCGCGUCGUGUGGGCUGAAAAGAACGACUAUCGUUUACUCGAAACAACGCCCUUGAACACAUUCUCAGUCCAAGCUAGUGGUUCAAGGAAGCCUCCAGCCAAAUCUAUUCUCAAGAAGACCUCUCUGAGCGUACUUCUGCCAAUUGUCGAUGAGAACGAACGCGAGGCGACGCCAGAACCGUCAGAUCCUUUAGUUGACUUGCACUAUCUUGACGGCCCUGUAUCAAGAGUACUUGCUCCGAACGCCACAUUACGCGACCUUAUUGAGGCGUACUCCAUUCUAGGAGCGCGUAUAAGGUCUAGCGUAUCCGACAGCAUCGAGGGUGAUGCGUCGUGGCCACUCUUCCAACCGCUCAGAACGAACCGGGAUGCGUUCAUUGCCGCUGCGGAAAGGGACCUUGGACGCGCGCUGGAGGAUCCCCUUCGUCGAUUUAUUAAUGACUCGCUCGAAGACGAGCCCGUCUGCGAAGAAAUUUCAAUGUUACCUUCGCCAAAAGACAGCCCAAGAAAGAAGCGUGGCAUGACCGCCGAGCAGGUCAAACAUGCCAGAGACCUCUGCACAACGUCACAUGCCGUACUCAAACUGCUAGGCACGAUCUUUACGCUACCCGCAGUCCGUAACUUAUUUACCGAUGCUCAAUUGGGAACAUUGCUUACCGCGGUUCUUGCUAUUCCUUUGGCACAGGAAUUACCAACUCCAAAUGCGCGCAAGACUUGCGCGUUGGCAAUUUGGGUCCUUCAAGCACAGCGCCUUCCUGAAGAGGUCCUCACACCUGCCGCACCUCGCAUUGCCUAUGCUAUCCGUCGUGGGCUCGAUGGCGAACUAGGCAAGGAAGGAAAGAAGGGCGCUGUCAGUGACGGCUUGAAGGCCAUACAUGAGCUGUCGACAUGUUAUCCGACAGUCUUCGUACCUGUCUUUGCAGAUCUCCUUCCGUCAAUAUUCGCUCAUCUCAUUGGCCCGGUAAUGCAGAUGCGUGCACAGGCAUGCCACGCGCUCGGCGGUCUUGCUCUCGGUUCCGCAUCUCUUCCCUCAUCAUCACAUUCGACCCACUCGACACUGGCAGCCUAUGUUGCUGACUUUCUUCUCACUCCGCCAAAGCUCUCUCCCUCGAAGAAGGGUAGUCCACUUGAUGAUCCAUUCAUCAUCCGUACCCUCCGUGCUACUCUCAAAGCCACCGACCCUAAAACAGCUGCCGGAGGCCCUGUAUGGGCUCUGUGUGUCAUGGCACAUUUCAUUGUCCUCUUGAGGACCAAAGUCUUCACAGAGGAUAAAGUUAUGAAAUGCUUUGCGGGAUUGUUCGCAGUGGCGAUUCGCCAGACGAAGAGCUCUGUAAGAGGUCUUGCGUGCCUAGUAUGGCGUUGCAUGACUUGGGCGUAUUUCCAACCCGUAUUGAAGCUUCCGCGUACAGACCAGACGGAUGCGGAGUCUGAAGAAGAAGUCUGGGUGUCCGAAGACGACGUGGAACAGGAAGAGCACGAUAGAGCGAGCAUGGUUCAUCACUUCAAAACGGUCACUUCUGUCGUCGACCUCGGUGCUGGUUCAGCAAUGGUAUGUGCCUUGCUCGGGACGUCUCCGGCACCAGAUCAUCUGGAGGACGAAGAGACCAUGCUACGUCUCGCACUUAACUUACUGAAAAUGAUGGCGAAGAAAGGCGGGGCGGGCUGUAGAGAUGCGCUUGAGACCCUCAGCCAACUCGUCUCUACCAAUAACACUCUUGACCGAUCGGAAUGGCACAUUGGGAGACUACUUCCGCGGUCCUUGUUCGAGCCUAAUCCGGGAUUGUUGACAGCGGAAUAUAAGACGUUGGCCACCGCUGUCAGACCUUUGUUCAGCGAAUCCGCGGAAAUGGAGGAUGUAAGGAACUUGACAAAGGAAGAGAUCGGUUUGCAAUGGGUGUUUGAUUCCGUCAUCAACAUCUGGAAGGAGGGCUUGAGGCAGCUGAAGUCUGUUGUAAUCACAGAUGGCCUUCCGGAGGAAAUUCGAGAGAUCUGGACCAACGUUUUGAAAAGGAGAUAUGAGUUCCUCGCCGGACAAGGGGACGAUAGUGCCCAGCAAGAUCUCGCGGGGCGAGCUGUCAAUGUACUUGCCGAAAUUCUGCUCGACGACGAUUUCGCUUUUGAAUUGGAAGAGGAAGGUGGAGGCGAGCUCAUACUUCCUCCUGCCCCAAGCCCUUCCAACGGUCAGAAACACCAGAAGACGCAACCCCCAUCAACCUCACCACUUCACGUCAAGUUAGCUCUGAAACUCACUUUGGUGCAAGAGCUCUGGAACGUCGUUGUCGACGUAUUCUCUGAUCACCUCGACAAUGUUGCACCGCACUUUGUGACAUUCCUCAUUCGGGAAGAGAAGGUUCUCGUAGGAAACGUCGACGGGGUCGAUGAAGCUCACGAGCAGUGGGCUUCGUUGUGUGCGAGGGUAUGCUUCGCGUGUGAUAUCAGCGAACUUGAUGUGUUCUGGGAAGGGCGACAGUGUUCUAGGAAGCGACGGCGUGAAUGGCAAUGGUCCACUGCCGUCAAAAGCUUGGUAUGGAAUCAGUUCCUAAAGCGAUGGCAGUUUGGUGAGAUGCAAUGGGAGAUGGGAGCUUUACUUCUUACUGUGCCUUUCCGUACCGCAUGCGCUUGGGAGCUCUCAAAUGAAGAACUUAAGGUGUGGGAAGAAUGCCUUGAUCUGACCAUCAACAAAGCUCUGGAUUCUGGCGUCGACACAGUCUCUGUCCUUGACAAAGUUGCCGCAUAUAUCCUCUCGGAUCAUUCUCCAACUGUCACGGCUGGUAGCCAUGUUGCAGAUGUCCUCUUGAGUCAUCUCGACUUAUCUGAGAUACGACAACUGCCGUCAGAAGUAUUCGAGUUCGUGAAUGAUGUUCUCCUCACCUCAUACCCGCCGGCUCCUAGGGACCUCAUCAAGUCCAUCUGGCUACUGCGCACCCUAACAAACACAAUCGCCGCUGCAGAACAGUUUGUAGGCACGAUCUUCGAGACUAUUGCUGAGGGUGUAGCGACUUGGAUUAUUGACGACCAUGAGGUGCUCAGCGCAGAGUACUCACCUGAGGUCACCCACCUGUACCAAACCAUUCUCCUUUCAGCCCAAACGCUUCCAAGCUCCGUGAAGACUCUCGACACCCUGGCACCCAUGCUGCAUGCCGCAUUCGUUGGGGCAGGUUCUAAACAUGCGGAUGUUAAGGCCUCCUUUGAUGACUUCUGGCAGGCCAAGUUCGCAGAGACGUCUGAACCUGAAGAUGGAUGGCCUGAGAAGAUUGUCAUGUGCUUGCAAGUGGUGUAUCCAUCUAGCAUCGAACCCGAAGCUGAGCGGCUUGAGACUGAGGAGGUCGAGGAGCAAUUGGCCUGUUUGGAAUCGGAAGACGACAUUGCAAGAGCUCUCUCUCCGGAGAUUGAGAUUGAUCCCAGUCUACUCCAGGAACCAUUCGACUUGUCUCCAUCCAAGAGAGCUCAGAAUGGUACUCGCGAUGAUCCUAUCGAAUUGACAACGCCGAUUUCAUCACCUCGAAUGUUGACACCCUCUCGACCUCGUACAACCUCAUUACCUGAAUUAUCUCUGCUGCUACAACCGGCCGGCACUCCUCCCUCGUCCCCCAGACGACAACCUGUGACACCAAAGAAAACGCCGCGCAGCGAGGCAAGGUUGUCAGCUCGUGGCGUGUCCGACAAAGAGAAUCGGUCACCGCUUCCCAAUAUAACUUCCGUCAUGGAGAGGAUUUUGAACAGCGCCCCUGCUUCGCCUUCAAUGGUACCAGCCCAUAGCAAGAAAAGAUCGCUCCCUGAUGCCAAUGACCAUGAGCCCGCAGUCAAACGCCAGAGAAAACUAUACUCGAGCACGUCUGGAAGCGUACGCUUUGCUUCAGAGGCCUCUCCAGCAACGUCAACUUCUUUUGCAAAACCGGACACUUCAACAGAACCACAACUUGACAAAUCCGCUUCUGCCUUACCGAAGAGGUCCGGAAAACGCAAGAGCGAAUUUAUGGAUGCUGUUGAAGUCUUCACGUACAAAGAAGUACGCAGGCGCACUUCAAGUUUGACCGAGCCCAGGCCAGGGUCCUCUUCUUCUUCACAAGUCCCGCUACGACGAACAAGGUCUGCAACAAAGCUUUCGGCUGAACCAAACCUCUUCCAACAAAUUAGCAAUUCUUCAAAGAAGAGAAGACGAGUCUCGAGUGGUUCUCUGAGUUCGAAUGGUAGCCGCUCGUCAUCUCCUCUGAGAGCUGUGAGGCAUAUGGUGACAGAGGUAGCAGGUAGCGACGAUUCCCUCAUGCUCGCUACGCCUAGCAAGCACUUGCAAUCUGAACCCUCCUCAGAUGAUGAUCCGUGGUUAGGACAAGUUACUCCACACCGGCUGGUUUCUCCUGCUAUGCGUCGGGUACAGGAUCAUGAUUUCAGUGACCCUCCCAGCGACGACUCCAUCCUGUCGGCAAGCCCAACGAGCGAACGCCAAGCGCGUCGUUCUGGAGCCCCAAUGUCGUCAGCUAUGAAGACUAGGCUAAACGCUUACAACGCUCAUCGACCUCCUUUGGCCAGACUUUCCCUUUGCGAGGAUAUAUAGAACUCAGGGACUUUCGUCAACGUCACAUAAAUCAUCUUUGUAGUAUAUGCAUCUAUCAACGUCGUUCAGCAUUUCGUAUUGUAAUAUUGUUGUUCAUAGGUAGUCGCUCACCAGAGCAGGAUCGGAUUGUAACAUCGUUUUCGUCAAAAUUCAGAACAAACGUCAGAAAAUUUCAUCAAUGGUACAGAUAUACAAACCAAUAUUGGUUACUAUGCUACAAAU